AUGAGCAGCCUACGGAUAUUGGUGCCCGUCAAGCGGGUCAUUGACUACGCAAUCAAACCCCGCAUCAACAAAGCCCAGACUGGCGUCGAGACCGCCGGUGUCAAGCACUCCCUGAACCCGUUCGACGAACUCUCAAUCGAAGAGGCCGUCCGCCUGCGCGAGCGCAAGGGCCCCAUCAAGGUCGAAGAUAUCCUCGCUCUUUCCGCCGGUGGCCCUAAAUGUCCUGACGUCCUGCGCACCGCCAUGGCCAUGGGCGCCGACCGCGCCUUCCACAUCGACCUACCAGACAAGGCCGAUGGCGGUCCCGAGCCGCUGACCAUCGCUAAGAUGCUGCAGGCCGUUGUUAAGGAGCAAAACAUCAACCUCGUACUGCUGGGCAAGCAAGCUAUCGAUGGCGACCAGGGCCAGACUGGCCAGAUGCUUGCUGGUUUGCUGGGAUGGCCCCAGGCUACCCAGGCCAGCAAGGUUGAGGUUAAGGAUGAGGCUGGCACUGUGGAGGUUACCCAUGAGGUUGAUGGCGGUGUUGAGACUCUGCGUGCUAAGCUGCCCAUGAUAAUCACUACGGAUCUGCGGUUGAAUGAGCCGCGGUACGCUAGCUUGCCCAAUAUUAUGAAGGCGAAGAAGAAGCCGCUUGAGAAGAAGACCCUAGCCGAUCUAGGUGUCGAGGAUACGCGGCGGUUGAAGACCCUCAAGGUCACCGAACCCCCGGCGCGCAAGGGUGGUGGCAAGGUCGAGGAUGUCGACGGCCUGGUCUCCAAGCUCAAGGAGCUUGGUGCGCUGUAA